AUGUUAGUAGAUUUAAAACGAGUCGAAGAUAAAAAUUGUGAUAAAGGUUAUGGUAGUGACAAAGGUGGUGAUAAUAAAGUAGAAGAAGGUAAUGACAAUGAAAAAGUAGAAAGUAAUAGUAUGAAUAAGGUAAAAGGUAAUAUUGGUAAAAAAAGAGAUGAAUGUAAUAGUAGUGAUAAAAGAAAUGAAGGUAAUAAUAGUAAUAAGUGUAGUAAAGGUGAUGAUAGCAAUAAAGUAAAUAAAGAUAAUGGUGAUAUUAAAAUAGGAGAGGGCAAUAGUAAUGGUAAUGAUGAAGAGAUAAAAGUAUUAGCAGCAAUAAAGAAAACAAAGGUAACAGUGAUGAUAAAAGAAACAAAGGUGAUGGUGAUAAUAGGAAACGGUAAUAAUGGUAAUAGCAAUGAUAAAGGAGAUAAAGGUAGCGGUGAUAAUGAAGGAAAUAAAAGUAGCGAAACAAAUGGAGUAGUUUCAGUAAAUCCAGUUGCAAGUAAUAGCAUGCUAUGCUCGUAUUCCCAAUCAGCUUUUAAAUAUACAUCCAGAGUAAGCUAUAAAUUCGUUUUCAUUAUAUUAUCUGUUUUUAAAGAGGGACGAAGCCCCCGCAAUCGUUCUAGUUCAAUGAUAAAUUUAAGGACACAAUAG